UUUCUGUCUCUCGACCCCCGUGACGUCACCAGCUGCUCGCUACUCCCUCUCGGUGUCUCGCGCUCCCUGUCUGUCUGUCUCGUGCGCAGAAACCAGCCGGAGGAUCAAAGAGCUGAACUCACCUGUCCGCGCGCUCACCUGUCCGCGCGCCGCAGUCCCUGAGCGCGUGUCGGAGCCGCAGGAAGUCCCGGAGAGCCGCGGAGGAGGAGAAGGAGGAGGAAGAGGAGUUGUCAGGACUUUUCCCAGAACAUGGAGCGGGCUGGAAGUUUGCUGCUGCCCGCCGCCCUCCUGCUGCUCGCGCUGGGGGUUCGGGGAGUCCGGGCGGACACCUUCAAAGCCUGCCUGGCCGGCCCGUCUCCAGAAUGUUCUCUGGUCCAGUCCAAAGACGACGACUUCGACUGGGAGCAGGGGGACAGCAGAACCCGACCCAACAGCAGCCCGUGGAUCCCUGCUGGUUCUUCCUUCCUGUUUGUGAACACGUCGGGCCGUUACAUCGGUCAGCGUGCUCAGCUGCUGCUGCCACCGCUCAGAGAGAACGACACUCACUGCCUGAGCUUCCAGUUCUACCAGGCAGGAGGCCGAGAGGGCGCCGCACCCGCAACCCUCAAUGUCUACAUUAAAGAGAACAACAGCCCUCUGGGAAUUCCGGUCAUCAACUCAUCUGGCCCCGCCUACCAUAUCUGGAAAGGGGUGGAGCUUGCUGUAUCCACCUUCUGGCCAAAUCACUACCAGGUGGUGUUUGAGGCGGUCAGCACCGGUCAGAGAGGAGUCCUGGCCAUCAAAGACAUCACUCUGCAGGGACAUCAGUGCAUGAGCACGCCACACCCGCUGCACAUUAAAGGCGUGGAGGUGAACGCCGGCCAGACGGCCACGUUCCAGUGCACGGUGAACGGGCAGCCACAGAGUCACCUGUUCCUCUACCUGCAGGGCAUGGGAGGUCGCCAGGCUAUCGCCAAGGAAACCAAACCGGUGAACCCUCGCCGGUACGUGGCGAGCUUCGAUGUCAAGAACACCACCAAAAGCGACUCUGGACGCUACCGCUGCAUUACCCAAUCAGAGCAAGGCGUGGGCGUGUCCUCCUAUGCUGAACUCACAGUUAAACAACCCCCGGUACCCAUUGCCCCACCUCAGCUCACUGCGGUUGGUGCCACCUACCUGUGGAUCCAGCUCAACGCCAACUCCAUCAAUGGAGAUGGACCCAUCAUCGAGAGAGAGGUGGAGUACCGUACGAUGAAGGGCAUGUUGAUCGACACCACACCUGUCGAUAAGACCACCCAUAAGAUCGGACACCUGGACCCAGACACGGAGUACGAGAUCAGCGUUCUGCUGACCAGGCCCCUGGAAGGAGGGACAGGAAGCCCCGGGCCGCCGCUCAGAGCCAGGACCAAGUGUGCAGAUCCGAUGCACGGCCCACGCCGGCUCCAGGUCAGCGACGUUCAGUCCAAACAGGUGACGGUCCGAUGGGAACCGUUCGGAUACAACGUGACCCGCUGCCACAGCUACAACCUGACCGUGCAGUACCGCUACAGGCCUGCAGGGGCGUCCAGCAGGGAGCCGGUGAAGGAGCAGGUCAGAGAGGAGGAGGUUUACGACACGCUGAGCUCCCUGCCGCAGCACACCAUCCGCAGCCUCACCCCGUACACCAACGUCAGCCUGAAGCUGGUUCUGAGCAACCCGGAGGGACGCAAGGAGAGCGCGGAGCUGCUGGUUCUGACUGACGAGGACGUUCCCGGAGCCGUGCCGGAGGACUCCAUCCUGGGUCGUACCUACGAGCAGCAGAUCAGUCUGAGCUGGAGAGAGCCGCUGAACACCUACGGCCUCAUCCGGCAGUACGAGAUCUCCUACAAAGCUCUCAGCUCCUUCGACACAGAGUUUGACCUGUCCAAUCAGAGCGGGAAGGUGUUCAAACCGGCCAAUGAGACAAGCCACGUGUUCUCUGGCCUCUCCCCAGGCUCCACCUACUCCUUCACAAUAAGAGCCUCCACCGUUAAAGGCUUCGGGCCCCCGGCCAUCACACAGUUCACCACCAAAAUCUCAGCUCCUCUCAUGCCGGCCUACGAUCAGGAGUCUCCUCUGAACCAGACCGACUCCUCCGUCACGGUCCUGCUGAAGCCCGCUCACAGCCGCGGUGCCCCCGUCAGUAAGUACCAGGUGGUGGUGGAGGAAGAGCGCCCCCGCAGGCUGAGGAGAGGCACGGCAGAGAUCCUUCGCUGCUACCCGGUUCCCAUCCACUUCCAGAACGCCACUCAGCUGAACUCCCAGUACUACUUCAGCGCCGAGCUGCCCAUGACUGACCUGAGGAGUCCCGUGCCCUUCGUUGUUGGUGAUAACCGGACCUACAACGGUUACUGGAACGCUCCUCUGCUGCCUCAUAAGAGCUAUGGCAUCUACUACCAGGCUGUGAGCUCGGCCAACGGGGAGACAAAGAUCGACUGUGUGAGAGUCGCCACUAAAGCCGCCAUUAUCGUCACCCAGCUCACCACGCCGUACGUCGGCGUCGCCCCGCCGGCCGGCGACAAGCAGCUGACAGGAGCUGCUACCAGGAAACCAGAACCAGAGCAGGAGAAACAAACGGACCACACAGUGAAGAUCGCUGGAUCAAUCGCUGGCAUCCUGCUCUUCAUCAUCAUCUUCCUCGGAGUCAUCCUGCUGAUGAAGAAAAGACGAAGAAAUUAUCACUCCUACACUUACUACCUGAAGCUGGCCAAGAAGAGGAAGGAAACGCUGAGCUCCAGACAGGAAAUGACUCUGAUGGUGAACACCUCGCAGCAUACCAGUGUGGUGGACGCUCACACUCUGAACGGCCGCACCAUGUCGUCUCCGUCCUCCUUCACCCUGAAGACAAACACCAUCAGUACCUCCGUCCCCAACUCCUACUACCCAGAUCCAUUCGUACCGACAGCUAUCCUGGUGCCCAUUAAUGACGACAGCAGCCACACCAUGACCAGUGAAACCAGCAGCCUGGUCCAGUCCCACUACAAGCAGCGGGAGGCGGAGCGCGAGGCGCUGCCCUACCAGACGGGCCAGCUGCAUCCCGCCAUCCGAGUGGCCGACCUGCUGCAGCACAUCACCCAGAUGAAAUGUGCCGAGGGCUACGGGUUCAAGGAGGAGUACGAGCUUAACGAGAGCUUCUUUGAGGGACAGUCCGCUCCAUGGGACUCAGCCAAGAAGGACGAGAACCGCAUGAAGAACCGCUACGGCAACAUCAUCGCCUACGAUCACUCUCGUGUGCGUCUGCAGCCUCAGGAUGGAGACGGCGGCUCAGACUACAUUAAUGCAAACUACGUGGAUGGGUACCACAGACCCAAUCACUACAUCGCUACACAAGGGCCCAUGCAGGAGACGGUCUAUGACUUCUGGAGGAUGGUGUGGCAGGAGAACACGGCAGCCAUUGUGAUGGUAACCAACCUGGUGGAGGUGGGCCGGGUGAAGUGCUGUAAGUACUGGCCUGAUGACACGGAGAUCUACGGGGACAUGAAAGUGACGCUGAUCGAGACGCAGCUGCUGUCUGAGUACGUGAUCCGGACCUUCGCCGUGGAGAAGAGGGGCGUGGCCGAGAUUAGGGAGAUCCGUCAGUUUCAUUUCACCGGCUGGCCCGAUCACGGCGUCCCCCUGCACGCCACCGGACUUCUGGGCUUCAUCCGCUGCGUCAAGGCCAAGACUCCGCCCACCGCCGGCCCCACGGUGGUCCACUGCAGUGCUGGGGCGGGACGAACAGGUUGUUUCAUCGUCAUCGACAUCAUGCUGGACAUGGCUGAGAGAGAGGGCGUCGUCGACAUCUACAACUGUGUCAGAGAGCUGAGAGCAAGACGGGUCAACAUGGUCCAAACCGAGGAGCAGUACGUCUUCAUACACGACGCCAUCUUGGAGGCGUGUCUCUGCGGCAACACCGCCAUCCCAGCCAAUCAGCUGCGCUCAGUCUACUACGACAUGAACCGAUUGGAUCCCCAGACCAACUCCUGUCAGAUCAAGGAGGAGUUCAGGACCCUCAACAUGGUGACGCCCACUCUGCGCGUGGAGGACUGCAGCAUCGCCCUGCUGCCCAGGAACCACGAGAAGAACCGCUGCAUGGACGUGCUGCCCCCGGACCGCUGCCUGCCGUUCCUCAUCACCAUAGACGGAGAAAGCUCCAACUAUAUCAACGCUGCGCUCAUGGACAGCUACAAGCAGCCGUCGGCCUUCAUCGUUACCCAGCAUCCUUUGCCCAACACGGUGAAGGACUUCUGGCGUCUGGUUCUGGACUACCACUGCACGUCCAUCGUCAUGCUGAACGACGUGGACCCUGCGCAGCUGUGUCCUCAGUACUGGCCGGAGAACGGUCUCCACCGCCUCGGCUCCCUGCAGGUGGAGUUUGUUUCUGCAGAUCUGGAGGAGGACAUCAUCAGCCGCAUCUUCAGGAUCUACAACACAGCCAGGCCGCAGGACGGCUACCGCAUGGUGCAGCAGUUCCAGUUCCUGGGCUGGCCCAUGUACCGCGACACGCCCGUCUCCAAGCGCUCCUUCCUCAAGCUCGUCCACCAGGUGGACAAAUGGCAGGAGGAGUACGACGGCGGCGAGGGACGCACGGUGGUCCACUGCCUGAACGGCGGCGGUCGCAGCGGCGUCUUCUGCAGCGUCAGCAUCGUGUGUGAGAUGCUGCGACAGCAGCGCUGCGUUGACGUCUUCCACGCCGUCAAGACGCUGAGAAACAACAAGCCCAACAUGGUGGACCUGCUGGAACAGUAUAAAUUCUGCUAUGAAGUGUCUCUGGAGUACCUGAGCUCGGCUUAGCUCGGACCAGAACCUGCUGCUGCGCUCCAGCGGGGGGGCACUACUGACUGGAGGUGGACAGGAGGACGUUUGCACUGCCUUGUUUGACUGGACCGUCUGACGUGGACACACCCACAGCGUCCCUCACCUUGUCUCACUUUGUUGUCGUUUUUAUCGUGUUGUAAAUUUGAUGAGUUGAAGCAAAGAAGACGACGUCAGGCUGAAUUGUCUCAUCUGGGUCCGUGUGCCACUAAAGUCCCUGGAGAUCCUGCUGGAGGAGAAGGUGGUCUGCCGCCGGCCCCGGCACCGCCUCACCACCGGAUCUUAGCGCUAACGGGUCUCGUUAACGGCAGCAGGCUGAGGGGAAGCCUGCGGUUCUGUGGAUGAACCCACAAACAUCACGGAGAACUCUGAGGCUCCACAGAUAAAUCAGUCAGCAGAUUUCUCAGCCAAGUCAUUCAUUUUGGGAAAAUCUGGUUGUUGUGUCAUUUGUAAAGAUCUUUUCUACGUUUUGGUGUCAUAAAUGUCAACAAUAUUAAUUCCCUGUUGAACUGGAAGUCACUCUCUCAGUAUAUUCUAUGUAUUCUAUGCCUGCGCUUUAAAACCGGUUCUUCAGUCAAGUUUGGACUCAAAGCGAACUGAGAAAUUCUGCAGCUGAACCAAAAGACUGAACCUCAUCUACUGUCUGAUCAGUUCUGUCCUAAUGCGGGUUUUAGGAUUACUAAUUUACUGCAGACAUGAUGAAUUUAUUAGGAGUUUCAAAUCAUUUGCCAGCAGUUUUUUUGAUGUUUUUAUUUUUAUUUUUGAACAUGGAAGAUCCAAAACAGUCCAAAGAUGUCAGUCUCUCAGAAUACAGACAUGCAUGUUGUAAAUUAUUGUGAUGACAGAUUCCCUUCAGAAGCCCAGCUGUUUGAGACAACGAUCUGUUUUACGUUCAGUGUUAUAUUAAAUUUAUCUGACCAUACACAGUUUGUCAUAUUAGAAGUUUCCAUUGAGAGCAGAUCAAGCUGAUGAACUCUACUGCUGGAUCGCUGCUGGAAACAGCUGUGGGCCGAGCCAUGAGCCAAGUGGGACACCAUUUGUUAACAAAUAAAUAUCAUUGCCAUUAAGCCACAGAUUCAGAAACAGAAUCAGGAAAACUAGAGAAACAAGAAUGAAGAAAAUGAUGCAUUGGAUGUCAUGAAUCUGAUGAAUUUACAGCGGCUGAAGUUCAAAAGUUGAUACCCAAACGUCACGUGUCCAGCUCAACUUUACGUAUCAAUUCAGUCUUCUGUUUCUUUCCAGUUAUGAUGCCAAUAUUUAUGGUUUCUGGAGCUCAGAAUGAUGUACAAAACCUCGCUGUUAACAUGGAAACCAUAGCAUCUUCUGCUGUGUUGUGGUCAAACCUCGUUUAUACCGUAUAUGAUUCUGGUUUAACCGUGGUUAGAAGUGAUUUAUUUGGUAAAGUGCCAGUCAGCUCAGUCUCUAAACCAGUUUAACCCUGAUCACAUAAAUCUCUAAACCAGUUUAACCCUGAUCACAUAAAUCUCUAAACCAGUUUAACCCUGAUCACAUCAUUCUCUAAACCAGUUUAACCCUGAUCACAUAAAUCUCUAAACCAGUUUAACCCUGAUCACAUAAAUCUCUAAACCAGUUUAACCCUGAUCACAUCAUUCUCUAAACCAGUUUAACCCUGAUCACAUCAUUCUAUAAACCAGUUUAACCCUGAUCACAUAAUUUCCUAAACCAGUUUAAACCUGGUGACAUCAGCCUCUAAACCAGUUUAACCCUGGUGACAUUAUUCUAUAAAUCAGUUUAACCCUGGUGACAUCAGGGUCUAAACCAGUUUAAACCUGGUCACAUCUGGCUUUAACCCAGUUUAAUCCUGGUCACAUCAUUCUCUAAACCAGUUUAAUCUUGAUCACAUCACGGUUUAAACCAGUUUAACCCUGGUGACAUCAUUAUAUAAACCAGUUUAAACCUGGUGACAUCAGCCUUUAAACCAGUUGAACCUUGAUCACAUCAGGGUUUAAACCAGUUUAACCCUAAUCACAUCCAACUCCAAACCAGUAUAACCCUGGUCACAUUAGGCUUCAAUCCAGUUUAAACCUGAUAACAUCAUUCUCUAAACCAGUUUAACCCUGAUCACAUCAUUCUCUAAACCAGUUUAACCCUGAUCACAUAAAUCUCUAAACCAGUUUAACCCUGAUCACAUCAUUCUCUAAACCAGUUUAACCCUGAUCACAUCAUUCUAUAAACCAGUUUAACCCUGAUCACAUCAUUUCCUAAACCAGUUUAACCCUGAUCAUAUCAUUCUCUAAACCAGUUUAACCCUGAUCACAUCAUUCUCUAAACCAGUUUAACCCUGAUCACAUAAAUCUCUAAACCAGUUUAACCCUGAUCACAUCAUUCUCUAAACCAGUUUAACCCUGAUCACAUCAUUCUAUAAACCAGUUUAACCCUGAUCACAUCAUUUCCUAAACCAGUUUAACCCUGAUCACAUCAUUAUCUAAACCAGUUUAACCCUGAUCACAUCAUUCUCUAAACCAGUUUAACCCUGUUCACAUCAUUUCCUAAACCAGUUUAACCCUGAUCACAUCAUUCUCUAAACCAGUUUAACCCUGAUCACAUCAUUCUAUAAACCAGUUUAAUCCUGAUCACAUAAUUUCCUAAACCAGUUUAAACCUGGUGACAUUAUUCUAUAAAUCAGUUUAACCCUGGUGACAUCAGGGUCUAAACCAGUUUAAACCUGGUCACAUCUGGCUUUAACCCAGUUUAAUCCUGGUCACAUCAUUCUCUAAACCAGUUUAACCUUGAUCACAUCACGGUUUAAACCAGUUUAACCCUGGUGACAUCAUUCUAUAAACCAGUUUAAACCUGGUGACAUCAGCCUUUAAACCAGUUGAACCUUGAUCACAGCAGGGUUUAAACCAGUUUAACCCUAAUCACAUCCAACUCGAAACCAGUAUAACCCUGGUCACAUUAGGCUUCAAUCCAGUUUAAACCUGAUAACAUCAUUCUCUAAACCAGUUUAACCCUGGUGACAUCAGCCUCUAAACCAGUUUAACACUGGUCACAUCAGGCUCUAAAAGAGUUUAAACCUGGUGACUCCAGCCUCUAGAACAGUUUAACCUUGAUCACAUCAGGGUUUAAUCCAGUUUAAACCUUGUCAGGUCCACCUGUAAACCAGUUUAACACUGAUCACAUCACGGUUUAAACCAGUUUAAGCCUGGUCACAUCAUUCUCUAAACCAGUUUAACCCUGAUCACAUAAUUUCCUAAACCAGUUUAAACCUGGUGACAUCAAGCUUUAAUCCAGUUUAACCCUGAUCACAUCAUUCUCUAAACCAGUUUAACCCUGGUGACAUCAGCCUCUAAACCAGUUUGAACCUGGUCACAUCUGACUUUAAACCAGUUUAAUCCUGAUAACAUCAUUCUCUAAACCAGUUUAACACUGGUCACAUCAGGCUCUAAACAAGUUUAAACCUGGUGACACCAGCCUCUAGACCAGUGUAACCUUGAUCACAUCAGGGUUUAAUCCAGUUUAAACCUUGUCACGUCCACCUGUAAACCAGUUUAACCCUGAUCACAUCACGGUUUAAACCAGUUUAAGCCUGGUCACACCCUGAUCACAUAAUUCUCUAAACCAGUUUACACACUGGUUUAGAGCCUACACAGCAUCACAUCAGGCUUUAAUCUAGUUUUGAAUCUAGUGACAUAAACCUCUAAAGCAGUUUAAAUAUGAUCACAUCAGGGUUAAACCAGUUUAGACACUGGUUUAGAGCCUACACAGCAUCACACAGACUGGGAAAGUGUGAUGUAGGUGGGUGAGCCUGUUGAGGAGUUUGGGCUCAUGCACCAUUUAACCUUCCAGGUGUCCAGACAACAGGCCCCACCUGUUAAAGAGGAACGUGAGGCACAUAAGGCUCUCUGGAGAAUGGGUUCACGUUUACACCAUGUUUUAGUUUUGUCUUCAAUGAGAAACACCGGGGCUCUAUGUUCACAUCCAUCUUCUGGUGUUUCUUCACUGCUGCUCGUUUGAAACUAACUGGACGGGACCUAUCGGGGCCCCUGGGCCUCGGUCAGGUUCUGGUGUUUGUGUUUACUUGCUGGGGGGUUCAGACUGCGAUGGAGGGAAGUGUUAAUACUGUACAUAAAGCCGGAGGAGACGGGAAGAAUAUUUAUUCCUUCAGUUGUUUCAGUCUUGUCGUCGUUCUAGUGAAGCACACAGAGGCAGACAAUCAUGACAGAUUUUAUUGUUCCACCAUCAGAACCACCUUGAAACCAGAAACCGUGUACCCUGGCUGUCAUGUCUGAUGGUUCUGGGCUGCUUUGACUAUAACUUUGUUGUUGUGGUUGUGACUGAACCCUGUUACUGUACGGCUCUGGUGCUGAGGAGAACAUUGUUGUAAUGAAAGCUUUUAUUUAAGUUGUAUGAUUCAAAAAGUACUACAAAUAAAACUCUAUACGCACAGACUGGAA